AUUACAUCUGUGCUUGCAAUCGGGAGAACUUUACGAGUAUUGCGUGAUUGUUGCCUGUCAGCCGCAGCCGAGGGAAUAGAUACUCCGGACCAGAACUCACUCCCCCCACUCUUCCAUUUGUCUUGUCGCAUUAUGGAGCUUUCCCGCAUUCUCCUCGCCAUCGCCGUUUACCUUGUCAUCCGCCUCGUUCGCAGUCACUUCUCCAGCAACAACACCGGUUCCACCAUGUCUCACGGAAAGGUUAUCGAGGUUGACAACCCUGUCAUCUUCAAGGCCCUCACCUCCUCCGGCCCCGUGGUCGUCGACUUCUUCGCCACCUGGUGCGGUCCCUGCAAGGCCGUCGCUCCCGUGGUCGGCAAGCUCAGCGAAACCUACACCAACGUGCGCUUCAUCCAGGUCGACGUCGAUAAGGUUCGGUCGGUGGCACAAGAACUGGAAGUCCGGGCGAUGCCGACGUUUGUGCUGUUCAAGGAUGGUCAGCUACAGGAGAAGCGCGUGGUGGGCGGAAACAUGAAGGAGUUGGAGGCAGCCAUCAAGGAUAUCACGGCGUGAGAGAUUAUGUGAGAUGUCUGAGCGUGCAAGAUUGAAGAAGCAAUUAGUAGCAACAUCAUUUGACGGCCUCAACCGGGCCUGUUCUAGCCUGGCCAGACUCCAAUUCUGACAAGGCUGCCACGGAGAACGCCGCCUCAGGCAACCGUCGGCGCCAGCUGAGCCAAAUUCCCGACUGCCGCUUGUGUCACUGUAGAUAGCAACACACUUUUCCAUUGU